AUUUCUGCUGUGGAGCUUGGCUGUUCCGCUAGGAAGACGCGUUUAAUCUCCUCUAAGAAAACAAACAACGUCUGGUAAGGUUUUGUUAUAACAAAUGGCAUGCAAAUACGCGUAACGCGUCCUUGUGUUAUAUUACAGACUGUCAUAGUCAUAAUCAAAGGCUUGAGUUUGAUCGGGUGUUGAUCGGUUUCAUUCAUUUGGUCCCACUGAAUCGGACAAGUGUUCCUUCUGUUUAUUAACUUCAGAGGAUCGGCUUCGAAGGCACACGGUUAAAUCAGUGUUCAUGCCGGACUUUGAGCAUUUCAGAUUUUCCUACUCCAGAAUGAAUCCUGUAUUGGGGGAGAACGUGUAUUCGUUCCAGCAGAACCAGGUGACGGGCUUCGCGGACUCCGCGUCUUCGGGCCACUGGACCGAUCCAGCGGGCCUUUUCUUAAGCGAGCACACGAAUGGCAUCGGACAAGAUGGAUUGGACCUAGGCGCUUUACCCCCUCCGGGAACACCGUAUUUGCACCUGGGCAACUACCUCCACCGGGUAUCCCCACCUCCUCCUGGCGCCGCGGCCCUGCGUAACGAUCUUGGAUCCAACAUUAGCGUCCUCAAAACUCUGAAUUUGCGCUUCCGCUGCUUUUUAGCCAAAGUACAUGAGCUGGAACGCAGGAACAAAGUAUUGGAAAAGCAACUGCAACAGGCUUUGGACGAGAGCGCGGAGUGUGUAGAAAAUAAAAAGCCUUUAACGCGAGAUGUCGGCGUUCAAACCGGCUUCGUCGGACUGAUUCCUGUCAGGCCCGACUUGAUACCCAUUCAGAACGCGAACGACACCGCGUAUCUGUCUGGAGCCUUGCUGUCACCAACUCUCAAUAACACCAUUCUCGAGUCCAGUAUCAGGACGACAGUAGAAAACCUGAACCCAUCCAGUCUGACGGACUCUAAUUCCAAUCUCACUCCAAAUUUCCUCAUUAGCCCGAUUGAUCCGGGUCCAAAAACAUUUAGCAACAUUAAUGGCAAGUAUGUCAAUACUGGUAUCGGCUGUACCAGCAACCCUCCACCCAGAUUUCAUCCUGGCACUGUGUGGUCGUAUAAUCAGAGGUUCAGCACCGGGCGUGAGGCGCGGUUCUCGGGUCCAGGUGUGUCUUCAUGGGUGCCUCCAGACGGGGUGGGUGUCCAGAUCGACACCAUCACCCCAGAGAUUCGGGCCCUGUACAAUGUGCUCGCCAAGGUAAAGAGGGAGAGAGACGAAUACAAACGGAGAUGGGAAGAGGAAUACACAAUGCGGGUGGAUCUACAGGAAAAAGUUGCAGAGCUUGAAGAGGACCUGCAGGAGAGCGAGGUGUGUCAGGAUGAACUUGCUUUGAGGGUUAAGCAGCUUAAAGCGGAGCUGGUUCUGUUCAAAGGCCUCAUGAGCAAUAAUCACUCCGAUUUGGACAGUAAAAUCCAGGAGAAGGCCAUGAAAGUGGACAUGGAUAUCUGUCGCAGGAUUGACAUCACGGCUCGUCUGUGUGAUGUAGCCCAACAGAGGAAUUGCGAAGACAUGAUCCAAAUCUUCCAGCAAGUAGCCACUCCUCCAUCAACCUUGACUCGCCGUCCCCGAAAACCAGCACCACAGACAUUCAAGGGGAACGAGAGCGAUGAACCAGUAAGCAUCUCUGAAAGCGAGGAGAGCGGGAAUAAGGAGGUGGAGCUUUGUUGCUCAUCAACCAAUCAGAUCAAUGAAGAGAUGCAAAGGAUGCUCAACCAAUUACGUGAGUGUGAGUUUGAGGAUGACUGCGACAGUCUUGCGUGGGAAGAGACUGAGGAAACUCUGUUGCUCUGGGAAGAUUUUCCAGGAUACACCUUCAAUGUUGAGAACCAAGGAGAGCAGGAGGAGUCCAUAGAGAAAGUAAUAAAGGACACAGAGUCCCUUUUCAAGUCCCGUGAAAAGGAAUAUCAAGACACCAUUGACCAAAUUGAGUUGGAGUUGGCAACUGCUAAGUCCGAUAUGAACAGGCAUUUGCAUGAGUAUAUGGAGAUGUGCAGCAUGAAAAGAGGCCUGGAUGUUCAGAUGGAGACCUGCAGACGAUUAAUCACUCAGAGUGGAGACAGAAAAUCCCCUCUUCUCGUUUCGGUUGCCAUGGAGGAGGGAGAGAAUGCGGAGAAGGAGAGGAAAAGAGCAACUGCGGCAAAUUCUGACAGUGCUGAACCGUAUUAUGACACGCCUUCGAACUCUGCUGUCCCGGACCACACAUGGAAAAAGGCUUAGGAGCAUUUAUCUCCCUCCAGCACCACAGAAAUAGCUGCAAUUAUAAAUAUAUGCCAGUGAUCAUUUCAUAAUAAGAGACUGUGAUGCUGCAGCAAGAAUCCACAGUACACAGGUUACAGUUCCCUUCUGAAAGGCAAGUAACCUUGUGUGGUUCCACUAGUGCCCUCUAUUGGAAUACACCAUUAAUGAUCCAAAAAGAAAAUCAUUAUUUGCACUUUCAGCAUGUAGCACCAUAUAAAUUCUAACCAAAAACAUGAGGGCUGAUAUUACUUUCAUUUAAAAUUCUAUAUGAAACUAUAUAUGAAAUUUACUAAAUUAACUAAAAAGAUUUUAACAUUCUAGUAUUGCACAGUAUGAUUCGCUCACCUCAGCAUUAAACAAAGGGCAAUUUUGACAAGAUUUAUUUAUUAUCGUUUUUUUCUCAGAGUUUUUUAACCUUGGAUACUAAAUUAAUAAAACCAAGUUAUUAAUCUCUGAACAAGCACUUAGCAGUUAUUGCAUCAGCUACCAAUGCCAGCAAUAUGAUAAGUGAUAUUUAAACAGAUCUUUUUGCAGCUCUGAGUGGACACAAUUUUGGGACCAGUAGGCUAUUUAGUGCUCAACACUUUGGUGUGAAGUGCACACUGAAGUGUGUGGGUGUCUGCUUUUAUUUUCUUAUUUAUUCUGUGAUUUUUGUGCUGUGGGUGAAGGCCGGAUGACUAAUCGCUGGCCUUGUUAUUUAUGUUUCUAGGCUGUUGAUGUCUAAAUCUUUAGCGUUGUGUCAUUACGCACUGUAUCCUGCCCUUAAUCGCUUAACCUCAGUCAAUGUCUUUAGCCAUUUAGUUGCAUUAGCAUUAGUCAAAUACUUAUGCUCGAGUGAAUUUCAUUAGAUUCACUCUUUGAGGGCCAGGGUUACAAAAACAGUUUACCAAGGUCAUUCUUAAAGUGCAUCCGGCUAAAAAAAAAAAAAAAAAAAAAACCGAAAUAGCAAGUGACAUCAGUGUAAAUAAAAAGCCAAAACCAAUCGGUUUUAGUUAGGUCAAAACAGUCAAUGUCUGAGUCAUUAUGCACUUAUGCAUAAGUGAUGACUGAACAUGUUAAGUGCUGCUGAGGGCAAUGUAUUCUACAUUAUUGCACUCUCUAAGCUGACCUUCUUCUAUGCUAUUUAUCUACUUAUUUAUUUAUUUAUUUAUUUAUUUAUUUGAAUAAAGAGAGUUCCCACUAUCAAUUUCACAAUUUUAGAGUUAAAAACAGGAAGAGCUGUUCGUUCCAGUUUAAAUUUAAGGAUUAAAAACAACUUGAUUCGCUUUAGAAAACAUUAUUUAGUCCCAACAAAUUACUGACUAAUGCAAUUUUACAUUGAUAAAUCUAAUUGUAAAUCAGUAUGCUUGAGAAUUCUGUCUAUUGUUUGCUUUAUGUUGUUUUGUUUCUAUAUCUAUCAAGUUAUCGGUGCUUUACUGAUACAAAACAAACUGUAAAAAGUUUAACUAACAUUUGAGUAUCAAGAUGCCUGAGAGACUUUGGAAAGUCUGAUUUUAGAUGUGGACUGGCUGGUUUUGAAAAUUAAUUGCAUUUAUACUUGAAGACACUUGCUGAGGCAUUUACUGGCACACAUCUGCUUCACAGCCUUCAUAAUAACACUAAUAAUGUCUGUCUACUUAAAUCUCAUUAGCAGCAACAUGUAAUAGUUGUAGAUAUUUUCUUGUGGGUGUAAACCAUGGAAACAGUAGAGCUUCUUCUGUGAUUAUUCAGUCAUAGCCUGCAGUAAAUUACUAUGCCAAAUCAUGCAGCAGUGUAGCUUUGCACUGUACAGAAAAAAAAUGAUGAUAUGCCAUUUAUUACAAUCUAAGGUCAUGGGUGUAAGUGUGCCUUAGUUUGUAAUAUGAGGUUAAUGUAAAAAGGAGAAAUGUAAUUUAAAUGAAUGUUUAAAAUGAAUGUUUAUCAGUGUGUUUUAAAUAGUAUGUGAAUGAGGGGAAUUUUAUUCCCCAAAACACAGCGACAAAAUUGUUGGUCAGUGUUUAGAAAACAUUAGAAAAGGGCUUCUAAACUCUGAUGUUGGUUUAGGAAUGUUUUGUGCAAUAGACUACUAUUUAUUAAAAAUAUGAAAUUGUGUUGAUUCUAGAUAUCUGAUAUCUAGAUCAAUUAAAACUUGUAAAGAUGGUCUCUAACAAGAAAAUGAAAAACUGUGUACAGAUAGUUAGAUGCACAAGCUGAAAAUAAAUUAUUUUAGUGAAAACAUUGCUCAUUCUUUGAUCUUAUUUGCAUGAAGUAGUCUAAUGUAUUACUAAUUAAACAAUUACAUGAGGGGAA